AUGCAUGACAUCUAUAGGUGUUGGAAGUUGCCGGAACUGAAGGGGCCAUUUAUGAAAGGUGUCCAUGGAACAUGUAGACAAAAGAGUGUGUUAGGUUUAUAUUCGAACCCCUCCCCCAGCUCAGACCACAAUAUUAAGAAGACUGUUGGAGUAAGCUUGCAUCACAGUUUAUAUUCGAACCCCUCCCCCAGCUCAGACCACAAUAUUAAGAAGACUGUUGGAGUAAGCUUGCAUCACAGUUUAUAUUCGAACCCCUCCCCCAGCUCAGACCACAAUAUUAAGAAGACUGUUGGAGUAAGCUUGCAUCACAGUUUAUAUUCGAACCCCUCCCCCAGCUCAGACCACAAUAUUAAGAAGACUGUUGGAGUAAGCUUGCAUCACAGUUUAUAUUCGAACCCCUCCCCCAGCUCAGACCACAAUAUUAAGAAGACUGUUGGAGUAAGCUUGCAUCACAGUUUAUAUUCGAACCCCUCCCCCAGCUCAGACCACAAUAUUAAGAAGACUGUUGGAGUAAGCUUGCAUCACAGUUUAUAUUCGAACCCCUCCCCCAGCUCAGACCACAAUAUUAAGAAGACUGUUGGAGUAAGCUUGCAUCACAGUUUAUAUUCGAACCCCUCCCCCAGCUCAGACCACAAUAUUAAGAAGACUGUUGGAGUAAGCUUGCAUCACAGUUUAUAUUCGAACCCCUCCCCCAGCUCAGACCACAAUAUUAAGAAGACUGUUGGAGUAAGCUUGCAUCACAGUUUAUAUUCGAACCCCUCCCCCAGCUCAGACCACAAUAUUAAGAAGACUGUUGGAGUAAGCUUGCAUCACAGUUUUUAUUCGAACCCCUCCCCCAGCUCAGACCACAAUAUUAAGAAGACUGUUGGAGUAAGCUUGCAUCACAGUUUAUAUUCGAACCCCUCCCCCAGCUCAGACCACAAUAUUAAGAAGACUGUUGGAGUAAGCUUGCAUCACAGUUUAUAUUCGAACCCCUCCCCCAGCUCAGACCACAAUAUUAAGAAGACUGUUGGAGUAAGCUUGCAUCACAGUUUUUAUUCGAACCCCUCCCCCAGCUCAGACCACAAUAUUAAGAAGACUGUUGGAGUAAGCUUGCAUCACAGUUUUUAUUCGAACCCCUCCCCCAGCUCAGACCACAAUAUUAAGAAGACUGUUGGAGUAAGCUUGCAUCACAGUUUAUAUUCGAACCCCUCCCCCAGCUCAGACCACAAUAUUAAGAAGACUGUUGGAGUAAGCUUGCAUCACAGUUUAUAUUCGAACCCCUCCCCCAGCUCAGACCACAAUAUUAAGAAGACUGUUGGAGUAAGCUUGCAUCACAGUUUAUAUUCGAACCCCUCCCCCAGCUCAGACCACAAUAUUAAGAAGACUGUUGGAGUAAGCUUGCAUCACAGUUUAUAUUCGAACCCCUCCCCCAGCUCAGACCACAAUAUUAAGAAGACUGUUGGAGUAAGCUUGCAUCACAGUUUAUAUUCGAACCCCUCCCCCAGCUCAGACCACAAUAUUAAGAAGACUGUUGGAGUAAGCUUGCAUCACAGUUUAUAUUCGAACCCCUCCCCCAGCUCAGACCACAAUAUUAAGAAGACUGUUGGAGUAAGCUUGCAUCACAGUUUAUAUUCGAACCCCUCCCCCAGCUCAGACCACAAUAUUAAGAAGACUGUUGGAGUAAGCUUGCAUCACAGUUUAUAUUCGAACCCCUCCCCCAGCUCAGACCACAAUAUUAAGAAGACUGUUGGAGUAAGCUUGCAUCACAGUUUAUAUUCGAACCCCUCCCCCAGCUCAGACCACAAUAUUAAGAAGACUGUUGGAGUAAGCUUGCAUCACAGUUUUUAUUCGAACCCCUCCCCCAGCUCAGACCACAAUAUUAAGAAGACUGUUGGAGUAAGCUUGCAUCACAGUUUAUAUUCGAACCCCUCCCCCAGCUCAGACCACAAUAUUAAGAAGACUGUUGGAGUAAGCUUGCAUCACAGUUUAUAUUCGAACCCCUCCCCCAGCUCAGACCACAAUAUUAAGAAGACUGUUGGAGUAAGCUUGCAUCACAGUUUAUAUUCGAACCCCUCCCCCAGCUCAGACCACAAUAUUAAGAAGACUGUUGGAGUAAGCUUGCAUCACAGUUUAUAUUCGAACCCCUCCCCCAGCUCAGACCACAAUAUUAAGAAGACUGUUGGAGUAAGCUUGCAUCACAGUUUAUAUUCGAACCCCUCCCCCAGCUCAGACCACAAUAUUAAGAAGACUGUUGGAGUAAGCUUGCAUCACAGUUUAUAUUCGAACCCCUCCCCCAGCUCAGACCACAAUAUUAAGAAGACUGUUGGAGUAAGCUUGCAUCACAGUUUAUAUUCGAACCCCUCCCCCAGCUCAGACCACAAUAUUAAGAAGACUGUUGGAGUAAGCUUGCAUCACAGUUUAUAUUCGAACCCCUCCCCCAGCUCAGACCACAAUAUUAAGAAGACUGUUGGAGUAAGCUUGCAUCACAGUUUAUAUUCGAACCCCUCCCCCAGCUCAGACCACAAUAUUAAGAAGACUGUUGGAGUAAGCUUGCAUCACAGUUUAUAUUCGAACCCCUCCCCCAGCUCAGACCACAAUAUUAAGAAGACUGUUGGAGUAAGCUUGCAUCACAGUUUAUAUUCGAACCCCUCCCCCAGCUCAGACCACAAUAUUAAGAAGACUGUUGGAGUAAGCUUGCAUCACAGUUUAUAUUCGAACCCCUCCCCCAGCUCAGACCACAAUAUUAAGAAGACUGUUGGAGUAAGCUUGCAUCACAGUUUAUAUUCGAACCCCUCCCCCAGCUCAGACCACAAUAUUAAGAAGACUGUUGGAGUAAGCUUGCAUCACAGUUUAUAUUCGAACCCCUCCCCCAGCUCAGACCACAAUAUUAAGAAGACUGUUGGAGUAAGCUUGCAUCACAGUUUAUAUUCGAACCCCUCCCCCAGCUCAGACCACAAUAUUAAGAAGACUGUUGGAGUAAGCUUGCAUCACAGUUUAUAUUCGAACCCCUCCCCCAGCUCAGACCACAAUAUUAAGAAGACUGUUGGAGUAAGCUUGCAUCACAGUUUAUAUUCGAACCCCUCCCCCAGCUCAGACCACAAUAUUAAGAAGACUGUUGGAGUAAGCUUGCAUCACAGUUUAUAUUCGAACCCCUCCCCCAGCUCAGACCACAAUAUUAAGAAGACUGUUGGAGUAAGCUUGCAUCACAGUUUAUAUUCGAACCCCUCCCCCAGCUCAGACCACAAUAUUAAGAAGACUGUUGGAGUAAGCUUGCAUCACAGUUUUUCCAUAUCAAAUUAG